AUGCCAGAAACAUUUGGUCCAGCUUUCCAAGGCCAUGACCGGCCACUUCUAAGCUACGGCUUGUCCUUUGUUGAUACACUCCUCAGACACGCAGAUAGCACGUUUAAAGCGACUAGGAUAUAUAUCAUCUGUUCCAGGUCUCUAGCGAGCAACACGGCGUAUCUCGACGAGCUAAAAGCAAGACUGGGCGAUAAACUUGCCGGCGUCAGAGUCGGCAUGAAGCCUCACUCGCUCUGGUCCGAGAUCCUCGAAAUCGUAGCCGACGCGGACCUGAUUGUGACGCUAGGCGCGGGAAGUCUAACGGACGCGGCCAAAAUAGUCUCAUUCGCCCUAGCAAACGAUGUAUCAACCCACGCCGAGCUGGAAUCGCUCAGUGCAACAAGCUCCAAUAAGCGCGCCGAUAUCAAACGGUCGAAAGUGCCUGUCGUCUGCAUCCCCACGUCGCUGUCAGGCGGCGAGUACUCGUCCUUCGCGGGCGCAACAAACGACGAGACGGGGCAAAAGCACUCCUUUUCGGAAGGUCUACAGGGUCCCGCCCUGGUCAUCCUCGACCCGGAACUUGCCACGACGACGCCGGAGAAAGUGUGGCUGAGUACCGGUAUCAAAGCCGUGGACCAUUGCGUGGAAACUCUUUGUUCUCUCAAGAGCGACGACGCGGCAGAUCGAGAUGCCAGGAGCGGGUUGGCUCGGCUUAUACCGGGUUUGAUCAAAAGCAAGCAGAAUCCCAAAGAUACCGAGGCUCGGUUGGAGUGCCAACUCGGUGCGAGAGAUGCGAUGAGCGCGGCCGCUCGGGGAGUGCCUUUAGGGGCUAGUCCCACUUUAGACGGCAUCGGUCACCAGUUAGGUCCAGCAGGUGUAGGCCACGGAGAGACGAGCUGUAUUCUAAAUCCUGCCGUGUGCAAAUAUAACUACAAGAAGGGCGCAAACGUCGAACGCCAGAACGCCAUUAUCCAACUCCUCUGGGAAGAUUCCAAGGCUCGAGAGAUCUUCAGCCAGAAAGGGCUGGAAAAGGAGACAGCUGACCUUGGGGAUCUGAUGGAUGCUAUUAUCCGUGCUCUUGAGCUACCGAGAUCGCUCAGUGAGUUUGGUAUCGGGGAAGACAGGCUCAGCGACAUCGCCGAGAACAGUUUAAAGGAUCGGUGGGUGCAAACCAACCCAGCUCCUCUGGAUAAGGAGGGCGUGCUAGAGAUAUUGAGGAUGGUACUCUAA